UGGCUAUUUGGAAAUUUCGCCACACGCUAGUCCUGGUAUCUCGACUACCUAAUCGAGACCCGGAUUUGAUAAUACAACGACAACAAGAGGGGGCGAUGCAAUAAAAGUCACGUUCAAUCUUACCAUUGUUACCAGUAUCACAUAGCACCCUAAGAUUAAUAUGAGGAGUUAAUUGAGACAAUGCCAAGUUUUCCACAUCAUUCCGCCCGAUCCUUUCCCAGAACAACCGCCUUGUCUCAACAACAACAAACAGUCAAAAACAGCCAUGCAAAGGACCCCACGCAGUGCAAUCCUCUACCAAAACGCAGAGCGCGACAUAACACUCAUCGACAUCCCCACAUCGAUAGCCCUGGCCCAAGGGCGCACAGACACGCUCCUCUCAACCGCACCUUUAGAAUCACCCAUCGCGCUAAAAGAUGACUACCGGCCCAAAACACAAAAGGCAAAGGUAAACAAAGCUCAGGAGUCUUCCGACACAGCGCAGCAUAUCGAAUACAAAGCCAUUAUCGAGCGGGCACUUGUUGAAAUCCGGCAAAAUGUCUCAGGCGCGUGGUGCGCACCGCGUAAGCUGCAGGCCCAGGUCUCAGAGCAUGGGGAUAGUGACACGCAUUUCGAAGAGUUGGAGAAAGAGCUGGAACGCCGGAUGAGAGAGUGGGCUACGUGGACUGAAACAAAAGGAGAUGAUGUCGCGUUCGAUCUCCAGCGGAUGAUGGCUUCUCUCGGCGCGACCCCCGAGUCUGAUACAACACCAGCAGGAGACGCAGCGACACAAACAUGGACAGUAAGGUACCAGCCAUCCCCGAGCGAAACCCCCGCCACAGAAGAACCACCCCCCCACGACGAGCCAUGGACAUCAACGUUCCACAACCCAGACGCCCACCCCCUAGCCCUCACCAUCUCCCAAGCACAAACCCCCCCGUCGUCAUCCUACAGCUUCACCAUCCCACCCCACUCCACCCUCUUCCUCAGCAACACAACCCACUCCUCCGCCUUCCGCGCCUCCUUCCGCGACCUAACAGCAACCUACACACUCCCCCGCCACUUCGACCUCGUGCUCCUCGACCCACCGUGGCCCAACCGCUCUGCCAAGCGCAAAGGCGCAUACGAGCAAAUCGGCGGGAUGCCGUACCUCAUCCGGAUGCUGCGACGGAUGGACAUUGCGCGGUACCUGGAGCACAACGCGCUAGUCGGGGUGUGGAUCACGAAUAAAGCAUCCCUACGCGCGCACGUACUAGGUCUGUUCGAGGCGUGGAACGUCGGGCUGGUGGAGGAGUGGGUGUGGGUCAAGACUACGACGGCGGGGGCGUGCAUGUUCGAGCUCGGGGAUGACGGGGCGGGGCGAAGGCCGUAUGAGGUUCUGCUGCUGGGGCGCGCGGCGCCGAAUGCGUGGACGAGGAUGGUGCAUGUGGAGGUGGUGAGGAGGAGGGUGGUUGUUGCGGUGCCGGAUGUGCAUUCGCGGAAGCCGUGUUUGAAGGAGAUGCUUGAGGGGUAUGUGCGUGAUAAGAGGGAUUAUGCGGCGCUGGAGGUGUUUUCGAGGUAUUUGGUUGCUGGGUGGACGGCUUGGGGGAACGAGGUGUUGAAGUAUAAUUGGGAUUUGUAUUGGACUGGGGGGGAUCGGCCGGUUGAGACGAGUCUGGCUAUACGGACGUCUCUCACCUGGCACUUCGUCUGCCCCGGCUCAUGCUGGAGGAAAGUGUCCGGCGGGGUCGAAGACGCGCGGGGGAUGGAGGCGCAGUUCCCGUGGUAUGUGUAUGGGGGGAUGUGGAAGGAUAGAGGGCCUGAUGGGCCUGUUAGUGCGAAGAAACCGAGGAGGGUGAAGGAGAGGCAGAGGGUGGAGAGGAGGGGGAGGGAGGGGGGGAAGGGAGGGGAUGGGGAAGGGAGAGAGGAGGAUGUGGAAGGUGAAAGGGAGGAUGGGGAUGGGGAUGGGGAUAGGGAAUUGAGAGAAGAGGAUGGAGUGCGAGAUAAUCAAACAUAG